AUGGAUAUGCCACCGAUUCAUAUGUGCGCUUUUUUAAAUCAUGAAAAUGAACGAUUAAAAACAAAAAUAGUCAAUCUUAAACAACAUAUAGGCCAUCUUGAAAAAACGAUUGGAGAAAGAAAUCUUAAUCAUAUUCAUUCGUGUUCAAUAUCAUGUCAAACAGAUAUUGAUGUUCGACAUCAUCCAAAGCCAGCAGUAGAACAGCCUUCAGAUGAAAUUAUCCGUUUACGUCGUCUUUUAAAAGCUCAAAAUGAUUUAUUGAAAAGAAAAGAAAAUGAAGGUGUUCAUGAUCAACAAUCUUCAUCUUCAUCAGGACUUAUUCAUGAUUAUGAGCUACGUUUAAGACAGUGUGAAAAAGAAAAAGAACAAGCAGAAAAUCGUGCCAUUUCUGCUGAAAAACGUAUGGCAAAAUUUCAAGAACGCUAUGAACGUAUGAAGAAAGAAAUCAGUGCACUUGAUGAAAACUUUUUUAAUGAUAUCGAAGACAUAAAAUUUGCUUUGCAACAAGCAAAUAAACUUAAUCGAGAAUAUGAAAAAACUGUACAAAUGUUAAGCAAUCGUCUUGGUAUCCCCUAUCCAAAAGUAGCAGUUAAAAAGAAUUAG